AUGGCAAGCACAGACCUUACCAGAGUUUUGUGCUUUAUUAUUGAGGAGAAUUUUGCCCAAAAGCAAAUGCUGCGGGAAAAGUGUGCUAUUAUUGAAGCUCUCCAAAACCAAGUUCAAAAACUACAAAUCGGUAAUGGAUUACAAUAUUAA